AUGGGGGUUGGGGCAGGGUGGGAUUUGGUGACCCUGGAGAGCAUGACCUUAGGGGACAUUCGGGGAGUAAUGGUGGGGGCCGAGGAGGCCGAGGGAGAGGACGUGGAGGUGAAGAAGUUGGAGGAAGAGGACGUGGAGGUGAAGAAGUUGGAGGAAGAGGACGUGGAGGUGAAGAAGUUGGAGGAAGAGGACGUGGAGUUGAAGAAAAUAAGAGUGAAGCAAAUUUACAGAGUUCCUUUCGAGAGAAACACAGAACGUGUAAAGCAACUGCGAUAUGACUAUGUGCAGAGAGUGAUGGAACUAGAAGCAGAUGCCAUGGGACAUGAGCUACUUUUUGUAGAUGAGGCCGGUUUUAACCUCAGUAAAACCAGGAGACGUGGCAGGAACAUUAUUGGACACCGUGCCAUCAUCAAUGUCCCAGGACAACGUGGUGGUAACAUAACCAUAAUAAGAAUGAAGCAAAUUUACAGAGUCGAGAGAAACACAGAACGUGUAAAGCAACUGCGAUAUGACUAUGUGCAGAGAGUGAUGGAACUAGAAGCAGAUGCCAUGGGACAUGAGCUACUUUUUGUAGAUGAGGCCGGUUUUAACCUCAGUAAAACCAGGAGACGUGGCAGGAACAUUAUUGGACACCGUGCCAUCAUCAAUGUCCCAGGACAACGUGGUGGUAACAUAACCAUGUGUGCAGCUAUAAGCCUAAAUGGUGUUGUUCACCAUCAUGCAACCAUAGGCCCAUACAACACUGCACACAUUAUUGCAUUCCUGGACACCUUACAUGACAUGCUCACUGUUCAGAGACCAGAGCAGACCCGAUAUGUCAUCAUAUGGGACAAUGUUAGUUUCCAUAGGGCUGCUUUGGUCCGCAACUGGUUUACAGACCACCCAUUCUUCACGGCACUCAACCUCCCUCCAUACUCUCCAUUCUUAAAUCCCAUCGAGGAGUUCUUCUCUGCCUGGCGCUGGAAAGUGUACGACCGUCAUCCUCAUCAACAGGUAGCCCUUUUACAGGCAAUGGAGGAGGCAUGUGGAGAUAUUGACCAGGCAUCAUGUCAGGCCUGGAUACGGCAUUCAAGGAGAUAUUUUCCCCGGUGCCUUGGACUGGAGGAUAUCGCAUGCGAUGUGGACGAAAUUUUGUGGCCGGACCCAGAAAGACGACAUGAUGUAGGCUGA